GCCUGAAACUCCCGUUAACCAUUCCUUUAUUUUCCAGCUUGGUGAAAGCUACAACAAAGAAAAUACAUUCAUUUGGAACAACCAAUAAUUCUUUUAAAAGCGUAAGAUGGCUACGAUAAAGCACUGCUACUAUUUUAUAGCUGGAAUUAGCCGUGCAUCUUGAUUAACUGCAAUAAUUUGCAAUUUAAAUAGCACCGAGGAUAUCUUUUGGAUUUCUCACCGCAUCAUAAAGAGUGUAAAAUCUCUUUGAAGGAUCAAUCAGUGUCGCUUUUAGAAAUGUGCGGUCAAACAUAAAUCCAGACCCAUCAGCUUCUGCUGUCCAGAUCAAGUCACAAUGGGCGUGAAGAUUCGCCCAUUCUGCCAGAGCCUCAGAGUCACCUCUUCACUGCCUGCUCUGAUCGUUUUCCUCAUCACUUUUUAUGUUCAUCAGCUGGAAUCAGCACAGUUCACAGUGAUUGGAUCUGCCAACCCCAUCACUGCCAUGGUGGGAGAGGACGUUAUUUUACCCUGUUACCUGUCCCCCAAAAUGAGUGCUGAGAACAUGAAGGUGACAUGGUUACGGCCACAGUUCUCAUCAGUUGUGCAUCGGUACUGGGAGGGAAAGGAUCAGCUUGGACUGCAAAAGCAAGGAUAUGAAGGAAGGACAGAGCUUUUGAAAGACAACAUACAGGAUGGAAAUGUUACCUUGAGGAUUCUCAAUAUCAGGCCCUUUGACCAAGGACAAUAUAACUGUCUUGUUGAUGAUGGUACUGUUUCUGAACAAGCUGUAUUGGAGUUAAAGGUAAAAGCUUUAGGCUCUGAUCCCCUCAUCUCUGUUGAGGAUUACAAAGAUGGAGGGAUCCAAGUGGUGUGUCGGUCAGCUGGGUGGUUCCCAGAGCCACAGAUGUCGUGGAGAAAUCUUGCUGGACAGCUUUUGCCAUCAGCUUCAGAAAUAAAAUCCCAGGGAGAUGAUGGUCUUUACAAAACAGAAAAUUAUUUUGUUAUACGAGAAAAUUCAAACCAGAGCUUGUCCUGUUCUAUCAUCGGUGCCCAUCAAGACCCGGAAAAGAAAUCCACUAUUCAUAUAUCAGGUCCCUUUUUCCCAAAGGUGUCUCCUUGGAUGACCGCAUUUUGUGUGAUCUUGGUGGCUCUGUUCAUUUUUAUCGGCCUUGCCAUUUACCUCUUUAAAGUUAAAGGUAAACAUUAA